AGAACGAUGACAGCGCUUAUUAGUCAUGACCGUAUGACUACAGAACGGUGUAUACAAUAUUGUUACAACCUAGGCUAUCCGUACGCUGGUUUACAAGAUGGUGCGGAAUGUCGCUGUAGCGAUGAGACGUAUUCAGAUUUGGGACAGGCAUCCGAAGAUGACUGUAAUACUGUUUGUGACGGCAACCCACAAGAAAUAUGUGGCGGUGGUUGGCGAAACUCUGUCUAUUCCACAGCAAACCUGCGAUGCAUUGUAAAAGCCUCACAACGACCUACGACAAAUACACCGUUGAAUGGUACGGCCAGUGUCUACCAAGGUUGUUUUAAAGAUUCCUUUUGGAGUAGAACGAUGACAGCAUUUGUUUUUCACCACGGUAUGACAACGGAAUGGUGUAUACAAUAUUGUUACGACCAAGGUUAUCCGUACGCUGGUUUACAAAAUGGUGAAGAAUGUCGUUGUAGCGAUGAAACGUAUUCGGGGUUGGGUCAAAAACCCGAAGAUGAUUGUCAUACUGUUUGUGGCGGCAACCCACAAGAAAUGUGUGGCGGUGAUUGGCGAAACUCUGUCUACUCCACAGCAAACCUUGAAGGAUGCACUGCAGAGGUCACACAGCCAUCUACAACAAUAGGUAAGCCAUUGCUAUUGAAGGUUACAGAACAUAAUACAUCUCUUGGAUAAUUUACUGAAACCAAUUAUGAAUAUCCAUGCUCUUUUCAAUUUGUGUAUAAUUUAACAUGUAUGGAAGUAUAGUUUAUCACUUUUAUUAUUUCGUUUAAGUAAAGCGUACAAAAGGAAACAAAAAUUAAGUUCAUAACAGUUUGCCAGACUUCUGGUUCUAUUAUUACAGCAGACCAAUUUUAUGGCUAGUCCUAAUAGAUUGCAUUCAUCAUUAUUAACAAUAAUAAUAGCUUAUAAGUCUAUUCAUCAUGGUUUAUCAAACCCACUCCAAACUAUUGUAAGAACCACAUCUAGUUACAACAAAUAUUUAUUAGGCAUACACUUAAUCAUGAAUAAAAAUAGAAACAAAUUAAUGUAUAUUGAGGAAAAUACGUGACUUGUUCUAAACUACUCAUUUCUUACUUUAAGCUUAUUCGUAAUUGUUUAAAAAUUCUCAAAAAACAAUAAUAAGCAAAUGGUGGCGUACAAAUGGUAGAUACAAUAUUCGAAAUGAAUUAAUUAUUUUUUAACGUCGUCGCGUUGCGUUCUUUAUAGAAUCGCGUCGGACGACGACCGUCGUGCGCAGUGCCCGGCUGGUUCCUUUCAACUUUAUGUAAUAAUAUCACUUCACAGGACGCCAAUGGAAAUAAACCUGAUGGUUUUCUUGGGCUAAUCUGACCAAUGCGUGUUAACUUGAUUUACUCCUUUUUCUGUUAUAUUUGUUAUGUUAACUUUUCCUUAUCUGUUUCUCUUGUCUGUAACUUUCCAUAUUGGCCGAAUGACCGAAAGAAAGAAUGCCCAAUG